UACUAAAAGCAAGAUAUAGAGAGCAAAGAAGUUGUCCACGUCACUAAAAAUAUUCCUCCAAUCAGAACAUUUCAUUUGAACAUGUCAGAUGGGCUUCAGUCUAUUGAGUUACGUUUGGGCCUCAGGUGCAUAUGUUUUUUCGCUGGGCUUUGUUUAGUAAAAUCUUCCAAUAACAAUCAUUUUUCCUGUCAAGUCAUAUUACCUGUUCAUCUGCGGCCCAAUUAACCCAAGUAAAAAAACUCUAUCUAUUAUCUUUUUUUUUGACUCCAUCUUCUCCGUUUCUUCUUCAUUCAAUCUCUGUUACUGAACCUCAACUGUUAUCCAUGUUCUUCAAUACCCUCUUAAGGAAUUCCUUCCACCUCCUCUCGAAAAAACAAAAAAGAAAAUCCCUUUCCUCGACCUUAUGGCCAGAUGGUGAGUCAAAGGUCUUAAUCGCCGAGAGAGACGGUUUAGUCGGCGAGCUAAUGAAAUCAAUUAGAAGAGACUCAGAUUCGAGCUUAAUCGAAGCGACGCUAUCCUGCUUGAUCGCGAUCAGCUCACCGAGGCGCGUGAAACUCAAUCUAAUCCGAGAGAAGCUCAUCAAGGAUCUUACGAAGCUGUUAACGGAUCCAACGACGGCGAGCGUUUCAAUGACGGAGAAAUCUUUAAAGCUUCUCGAGAGUUUAGCAUCCACAAAGGAAGGCAGAUCGGAAAACUGCGGAGGAGACGGCGAGUGUUUGAAGACGGUGGUUAAGAAGCUGAUGAAAGUAUCGACGGCGGCGACGGAGCACGCCGUGACGGUGAUUUGGAGCGUCUCUUAUCUUUUCACGGAUCCACAAGCGAGCGUUUCGGUGAUGGAGAAAUAUUUGAAGCUUCUCAAGAGUUUAGCAUCCACAAAGGAAGGCAGAUCGGAAAUCUGCGGAGGAGACGGUGAGUGAUUGAAGACGGUGGUUAAGUGGUUAAGAAGCUGAUGAAAGUAUCGACGGUGCCGUGACGGUGCUUUGGAGCGUCUCUUAUAUUUUCAAAGAAGAGAAGGCGCUUGAAGCGAUUACGAGUACUAACGGCGUUACGAAGAUCCUGUUACAAUAUAUGAAUACUAGAACUAUAAAUUUUUUUCUACUUGAUGCUUUUUACUGUUUUGAGUUCUUGGUUUUAAGAUUUAUAAAAUAACCGAAGGUAUAUGUUUUUUUGGUUUCCUUCUCUCUCUUUUGUUGUUGAGAAUUCAUGUAUUACAUAUAUUCCUGAUGAUGACACAAUGUUUCGUUUGGAUUUUUUUCACCCAGGUUUGGUGCAGAAGAUGUUUUAACCAUCUAGGCGUUUUGCAUGUUCAAGGUAUAAGUUUCAGUUAUGUGUAAAACAUUGUAAUUUUCUUUUCAGCUGAAUGAUUGCAUAGAUAAUGGUAAUACUGUUCUAAAUUGUUAAUGUAGUGAUUUCAUGCUCUCUUUACGGGGAUGAUGAUACUUGGAAAGCUUGGCUUAAUGUUGAUAACUCUAUGCUCCACAACUACUACUAUUUUUACAAUCUUUGAUAGUUUUCACAAGCAAAAAUUGUCUAGGCUUAUGCACAUAUUCUCGAAAUUGUAGUUCUAAUGCUAAAGUCACACAUUUAUAUCAUUAUGCUUACGAGUUGAGAGCUGCU